AUGGUUGGUAAUAAAAUGCAGCAGUUUCAAGUUUUGCAUUUCCUUAUCCUGAUUUUGUUAACAACAUUCACAAAAGCACAGAAUUACAUCCAGACGAGAUGCGAGCGUAGCUGUGGCCAGGCCAAUAUUAUUCGUUUCCCAUUCGGGAUUGGAAUAAAUUGUUCUCUGAACGAAUGGUUCAACAUUGAAUGUAACUCACAGAGGGCUUAUCUUCCUGCACUCAACAACGUGGAGGUGUUGAACGCGUAUUACACACACCUCAUUCUUAAUGUCCCCAUGAUUUCUGAUUGCAAGAACUCGCUCCACAACAGUAGUCUUGACUUAAGCAGAAGUCCUUUCCGUUAUUCCCGAUACAAUAACAUGCUCGUGUUUCAAGGGUGUGGCCAUGCUGACAUCAUCAUGGAGAACGGUACUAUUGUUGGUGGUUGUUCAACAACUUGUCGCAAGGAUAGUACUGUUAGUGACCUGAACAACUGCUUCGGCGUGGGUUGUUGCCAAACUACAAUUGCUCAUGAUCUCCGGUGGUUUACAUUGAAUCGAACAAGCUUGGAAAGCCAGGAUGGAGACGGAACCUUGUGUGGGUCUGCCUUCUUGAUGUAUAAGUAUCGCCAACCGACUUUUGGUCCCCAAUCUAUUGGCCAGGACCACUCUUUUGUUCCUGUGUCGCUUUCUUUGAAAGGAAAUGAUACUUCAGUAGGAUGCAACAAUAUGUGUGGGAAUGUCUCGAUUCGAUAUCCUUUCGGGAUUGGAAGAAGCUGUUCAGGGAAUGAAUGGUUCACUAUCGAUUGUAACUCCUCGACACCAUAUUUAUCGGCCCUCAACAAUCUUGAGUUGUUGGAUAUAAAAUCUGAAAGGUUCACUGUUAAUGUCCCUAUGAUUUCGGAUUGCGAGAAUCCAAUCCAGAAUAGUAGUCUUGACCUAAACAGAAGUCCGUUUUACUUUUCCAAAAACGGUAACUUAUUCGUUGUUGAAGGGUGUGGCAAUGGCGUCAUCAUUAAUGAGAAUGGAGAUAUUAGCGGUGGUUGUUCAACUAGUUGUGGCAAUGAGAGUGUUAGUGAAAGAAACAACUGUUUUGGCAUCGGUUGUUGUGAAACUACAAUGACUUAUGAUCUCAAAUCGUUUACCUUGAAUCUAACUGAAUUGGUAGGAUCACAUGCUGGAAAUGUAAGCUGCAGUAGGUCUGCCUUCUUGGUGGAUAAGAAUUCAUACAUGAAAGGAAGGUUUUCCAGUCAAUCUACUGUGGAGGACCAGCGUUUUGUUCCAGUAUCACUGGAAUGGGGCUACAUGGACGAAGGUGGAAACACAAAAGAAGACAAAAAAUGCAUAGAUUGCGAAUUUAAAGGGGGGCACUGUUACUAUAAAGAUGGCUUGGACUCGGAUGUGACGUGUCUUUAUGACAACAAAAUAUCACUGGGUGUUAUUCUAGGUGUUAGUAUAAGCAUAGGGUUGCUGUUGCUAAUAGUGAUGGGCUAUGCAUUGUACAAAAUAAUCAAGAAAACUAAAGCCAAGAGAAGGAAACAAAGGUUUUUUAAACGCAAUGGUGGUAUUCUUCUUAGACAACAACAAACAACUGAUAUUAGUUUAGUUGAUAAAACCAUUCUUUUCACCUCCAACGAAUUAGAUAAGGCCACCCACAAUUUUAAUGAGAACAGAAUUCUUGGUCGAGGAGGUCAAGGUACAGUAUAUAAAGGCAUGCUAGCUGAUGGACGAAUCAUUGCAAUCAAAAAAUCAAAGGUGGUUGAUGAAAGCCAACUAGAACAGUUCAUCAAUGAGGUGGUCAUUCUUUCUCAAGUAAGUCAUAGAAAUGUCGUCAAACUACUGGGAUGUUGCCUAGAGACCGAGGUGCCAUUACUAGUCUCGGAGUUCAUAUCAAAUGAGGUUGCAGGGGCACUUUCGUACUUACAUUCAGCAACCUCUAUUCCAAUAUACCAUAGGGACAUCAAAACUACUAACAUACUUUUGGAUGAAAAGUAUAGAGCCAAAGUUUCGGAUUUUGGAACUUCGAGGUUAGUGUCAAUAGAUCAAACACACUUGACUACCUUAGUCAAAGGGACAUUUGGUUACUUGGAUCCAGAGUAUUUCCAGUCGAGCCAGUUCACCGAGAAAAGUGAUAAGUUUAGCUUUACACUUCAUGUUAGCCAUGGAAGAAGGCCGGCGAUGUCUAUUUUUGAUGCAAGUGUUGUUAAAGAGGGUUCUAGGUCUGAGUUGUUGGCCAUAGCUAACUUGGCAAUGCAAUGCUUGAAUUUUAAUGGUAGAAAUAGGCCAACAAUGAAAGAAGUUGCUUCUGAGUUAGAAGGAAUCAGAUUAUCACAUGUUCCUCUACAGAUGAACCUAAUUUUGGACAGUGAAGCAUUAUGA